CAGAAUCCUCAGCACAAAACACAACACUAGCAGCACGUGUCCCAUCAUGGCCGCCCCCGGUAGAAAGAUGGUUGGUGUUUCGGACGACUCCAGUAGCAGUGACGACGAAGAACUUAGACGGUGUCAGGAGGCAGUUUGGGAAACACAAACUAAUAAAACAAAAGAUGGAGACAGCAGUGUGAAAGAGUCCAAGCGCAUUGUCGUCUCCAACCAUGAGCACGAUGGCAAUGAGCUCCAGGUCACCCAAGGAUUUCAAACACAUGUUGCCAAGAAAUUGGGACAUUUUCUUGACAGUUGCAUUUCAGAAAAGCAGCCUGCAACUUCUUCCUGUGUGAAAUCGUCGCAGUGUAACGAUGAUGGAGACGAAGGUUUCCGUCUGUUUUCCACAUCAGUCCCCGGCCAGGAAGCUGAUCCAGAUCCUCCGGUCCCUGUGAGGCGUCGGCCCGUUCCAAGCUCGAGUGACAGCGACAGUGAGAUGGAAGCAAGGCUGAAGGAGGCAGCAGUGUCUGUCAGCGACUUCUUACCCACAUCUACACCCUCUGCUCCCUGCACUGAAAAAGUUACGAAAAAUAAGAAAUUGGCAGAGGGUGAAGACAGCCACGUUGUUAAGAAAAAGAAGAAGAAGAAGAAGAAGAAACAAAAUCAAGAAGAGAGUGAGCAGGUGGACUCUACAGAUUCUGCUCCUGUUGCUGAAAGCAAUGGCAAGCACAAGAACUCGGAGCAGGAACACACAGAAGUCGAAGUAAAACGGAAAAAGAAGAAGAGACGAAAAGGAAACGCAGAGGAAGAAGCUUUGAAUUAAAUUUUUAUGACAAGUGAUUCACAGUUUUUGAUAUGUUUGUGCUCAUAUCUUCCAUAGAAAUAAUGGGGUGGUAUUUCACAGAAUACUUUGAGGGAGUUCCAAGGAGACGACUUCUCGUCAUUGUUUAUGUUUAUAUUUGAAAUUGUCUUUACUUCGUUAUAAAGGACACUCAAAGUGUGAAGAAGAGCAUUUCAAGACACCGAGUGUAAAAAAAAAAACAAUAAUAAUAAUGCAGGUAACAUGCUUUUGACAAUUUUUAUAAUCUAAAAAACAUUAUUGCAAUAAAAAUACAUUUUGGUGUUGAUUUUCA